GGGAACGAAGCGUGGGGUUUUUAGACCAACCAGAUAUUUUGUUACAGGUGGCCCAAUCCUCCUCGUAGCCUAAUCCAUUCGCUUACUCUCUACGGAGGCGCUGGCGUGUUGCCGCGUCAUCCGCCCCUUAAAACGAUGGGCGGGAUGAAGGUUUCUACUACGGGACGGCUGCCCAUCUCCGCGAAUCUCUCGGAGGAAGGAAAUGGGGUAUGAUCCGGUUCAACAGUUACCGGGCGAAGAAGAUGAGGCUCUGGCGGAGAUGGGAUCAGGAUAUUUUGGGUGCUCUCACUAUAUGAGGAGAUGCAAGAUUAGAGCUCCAUGUUGUGGUGAGAUAUUUGAUUGCAGACACUGCCACAACGAAGCAAAGAAUUCUUUAGAAGUUGAUCCAGUGAAGCGGCAUGACAUUCCUCGUCAUGAAAUUCAAAGGGUCAUUUGCUCCCUGUGCAACACCGAGCAAGACGUUCAACAAAGAUGUGCCCAAUGUGGAGUUUAUAUGGGGAAGUACUACUGUUCAAAGUGCAAAUUCUUUGAUGAUGAUGUUUCGAAGAAUCAAUACCACUGUGACAAAUGUGGAAUCUGCAGAACGGGAGGCGAGGAGAAUUUCUUUCAUUGCAAUAGAUGCGGAUGUUGCUACUCCACUCUUAUAAAGGAUUCACAUAUCUGUAUUGAAAAGGCAAUGCAUCAUAACUGCCCAGUUUGCUUUGAGUUUGUGUUUGACACUACAAAAGACAUAACCGUAUUGCCUUGUGGACACACGAUGCAUCUCGAUUGUGUCAUGCAGAUGGAAAAACAUUUUCAAUAUUCUUGCCCAGUUUGCUCAAAGUCAUAUUGUGACAUGUCUAGGGUGUGGGAAAAGCUUGAUGAAGAGGUGGCAUCCACUCCUAUGCCGGAGAUGUAUCAAAACAAGAAGGUUUGGAUCCUUUGCAACGACUGUGGGGAAAGGUGUAUGGUAAACUUCCACAUUGUGGCGCAUAAGUGCCCCAAGUGCAAGUCCUACAACACGAGGCAAACGAGAGAGGGCUCCCGCGCCGCUUCUUCUUCCCCAUCCAGAGCCACCGAGGAUGUUACCGUAUGAGCAUGUUCUGGUUUAGAUCAUACUAAAGUGUGUAUCAUGUAAACUUGAAGCUAAGAUUAUAGUGUGGGUUCAUUAUUGAAACUCUUCGAAAUGAGUGGACUCAACAUGUUUAGAGGUUCGUUUUUAAAUACUUAUGUCAAGCAAACCAGUUCAACUAAAAAUAUGAGUUUGUGAUUGUAGAUCCAUUAAAGGGUUUAUAUUCUAACGUGCAUGACUCACUUGCAAGCAAGACUCCAUGAUUUGUUUCCAACGAGGCGUUAAUCUCAUUAGCAUUACAUAAUUCGGGCAACUUUAAAAUAAAUGUACAUAUUCUUGAGUGUGUGUACAAAAAUAAAUGUACAUUUUUAUUCAAUUUCAAGUUUCAAGAUUUGACAGAUCCAAAAUGUAUAAAAAAAAAAGGAAUUGUGGGCAUGGUAAUAAGCUUGAAACAAAAUU